GGGACUUUGAAAUCUCCAGGCAAAUCAGAGAGACUGCUGCCUCGCGAGAGCUCAUGAGGGAGAUCGGUUACAGUUCAGUCAUCACGAAAUAUUGAUAAUGCAAAUCGCAGGAUAAUGUUUUGCUUCCGCUUCAUGAAAAAGGAAGAAUGAACCCAUUUGCAAAGUUCACGUCUUUCACUUGAAGCCAUUACACAUGAUUGACACUCUACAAGGACAACACAACAGGAUAAGGUUCUUUAUCUGCCGGAUAUCAUGGGACCAAUAUUCAUGAAGGACAAGUUGACCACGAAGGUUUUGUGUUGUAGAGGUUUUGGAGUAAAGCAAAGAAGUGGAAAAGCACAUGACUUGUGCUUUAAGCGUAGAUAUUGUUGAAAAACAAGGCCUUUUCUUCAUGUACUUUUAAGCCAAGCCAAUAAACCCCACAAACCCCAUUAAUUAGUCUGCAUAUAAAUUCAACCCAAAACCAAUCACCUCUGCAAAGAAAUCUCAUUAGUGGGCAGUGGAUAUAAUCAAACCGGAAUCUUCUCUUGGUGUUUUUGAUUGAGGCAUAUGAUGGAUAAGCUCUUCAUUCUUUGCCUUCUGGGUUUAUCAAUGAUAGCUGCAGGGAAAAUGGUGUACACUGACCUCGACAUCCUUGAGAAGCUUAAGAAGUUUGACGUACCGGACGAUGAUGAGGAUUUUGAUAAUGAUACAAAGCUCUUUGAUUUGCCGUCAUUUAAAAGCCGAAGUUCUGGUAAGAAUCUGGUGAAUGUGGAUACAUUUGGUGCAGCUGGGGAUGGAGUUUCAGAUGAUACUCAGGCAUUCGUAAGCGCAUGGAGCAAGGCCUGCUCCGCACCAAAAUCCGUGUUACUGGUUCCACAAGGACGGAGUUAUUUAGUAAAUGCAACAAAGUUCAUUGGUCCAUGUGAACAAAAGUUGAUCAUUCAGAUCGACGGAACAAUAGUGGCACCAGACGAGCCCGGCAACUGGGACCCAAAGUUCCAAAGAAUUUGGCUCGAGUUUUCGAAACUCAAAGGGGUCGUGUUCCAAGGGAAUGGAGUAAUAGAUGGUUCUGGCAGCAAAUGGUGGGCUGCUUCUUGCAAGAAAAACAAGUCUAAUCCUUGCAAAAGUGCACCAACGGCGCUGACUAUAGAAUCUAGUUCAGGUGUGAAAAUAAGUGGCUUGACGAUCCAGAACAGCCAGCAGAUGAAUUUCAUCAUUGCAAGGUCAAAUUCAGUUCGGGUCUCCAAAGUUAAGGUCUCUUCUCCAGGAGAUAGUCCCAACACUGAUGGUAUCCAUAUCACUGGAUCUACCAAUGUUGUCCUUCAAGACUGUAAAAUCGGCACAGGGGAUGAUUGUGUCUCGAUUGUGAAUGCAAGCUCGAAUAUAAAGAUGAAGAAUAUCUAUUGUGGACCUGGACAUGGAAUCAGCAUUGGAAGUCUUGGUAAUAAUAACUCAACAGGCAUUGUAACGAACGUUGUGUUGGACACUGCGUUCUUGAGAGAGACAACUAAUGGACUCCGAAUUAAAACAUACCAGGGAGGUUCUGGUUACGUUCAAGGUGUUCGAUUCACAAACGUACAGAUGCAAGAUGUCUCUAACCCGAUACUCAUUGAUCAGUUCUACUGUGAUAAUCCAACUUCCUGUCAAAACCAGACCUCGGCGGUUAAAAUCAGCCAGAUAAUGUACCGGAACAUAACCGGGACAACCAAGAGUGAAAAAGCCAUCAAAUUUGCGUGCAGUGACACAGUCCCUUGCAGCCACAUUGUCCUCAACAAUGUGAAUCUUGAAGGCAAAGACGGUCAAGUCGAAGCGUACUGUAACUCAGCCGAAGGUUUUGGGUAUGGAGUUAUUCAUCCAUCGGCGGAUUGUCUGUACUCACACGACGACAAGUGCUUGGACCAGAGUCACAAGCCUGGACCUGUUUUGGUAACCGAGCCUGGCCACGAUGAGCUCUGAUGGUGGUGAUGUUCUAAGUGUUUUAGUGAGGGCUGAUUAUGUAAUAUAGUUUUCUGAAGCAUAUGAUACAGUAAAAGAAAGUUUUUCAUGUCUAUAGUCAACCAUAAGGUUUUUCUUAAGCAGCAUUUGUCCACCUUUUGUAACAUAUACUAGUCAUCUG